GGGGAAGGAAAAUGAAAAAGAGCUUUACUUCUGAAUGUGGCACCACCAACUAGUUCCUCCAAUACUUCAAUAUCCCUCAACAAUAAAUUGCAUGUGCUCAUCUUCAUACUUUAUCAUUCUUUAGAUAAGAUUCUAGUGGUUGGUAAGAGCUAUGCCUAUGACGAAGACGAACCAACCCUCAUUCUUUGGUAGAAGCUGCCUUCAUCUUUGGUAGAAGAUUCAAUCCUUGCCCGUUGUUCCGAGUACUUUCUCUGCUCAACAAUGGCCUUUUACAACUCCUCCUAUGCGACGUCUGGUUUUGGUGAGUACAAUUACAAUUAUUAUGCUGUGAAUUACGAUUCUGCUCAAAUCCCAGGUUUUAUGACCUAUAAUUAUCAACAAUUAAAUCAACCAUGUUAUGGGUAUGAUUCAAGUUCAUAUCAUGAUCCUACUCCUACCUUCCCUGCUCUGAGUUACCCUACCAUGUCAUACUCUGCUGCCACUUUCAGUGAACCAGAAGUUAUUGUGUAUGAUCCGAAUUAUGGCAAGUCUCAGCUUGUUAUUUAUUACUCUAAUUUGGAAUUUAACGAGCCUGAUUUUGAUGAAUUUGAUCCGACCCCUUAUGGUGGUGGGUACGAUAUUGUUGAGACCUAUGGAAAACCUCUGCCACCUUCAGAUCAGACUUGCUAUCCUCGUUCUGGGUCUGGUUCGGAUGCUGUUCCUUCUGGGUCUGUAGUGCCAUUGCCUGCUGUGGAAAAGGGAACUGAUAAUGAGAAAGCAAUCGUACCCCAGAAUGAAAGUGCAGGCCAAGUUCCUGAUAAAAUGCCGCAACCACAAAUUAGCCUUGCAGAUCUGCCUCUGAAAGAAGAGGACAAGGUCCAUCGUACUCCGGAUCCGAAUUUUUAUGGUGGUGAAAACAUCAAAGAACAUGAAGAAGAAGAAGAUGAUGGUGAUGAUGGUGAUUCUAGGUCCGGUAAUGGAAGUGGUCAUGGCAGUGGGUAUAAUGGAGGACACUAUGAUGAGUAUGAGAAGGCAGUGCCUCUCCAAUAUCCUUCUGGGUAUGGCUUGGAAACUUUGGAUCUCUGUGAAAGUUUGUUUGGGUAUUGGCCUUGUGUGGCACGAAUGAAGAAAAGAGAGAAGUGUUGUGAAGGAGCGAGUGAUGAAGUUGAAGGCGACUAUUGCUACAGAGAGAACAUGUGGAAAGGAACUGCAGAUUAUCUGUUUGGGAGUCCAUAUCCAUAUGGUGGUGGUGGUGGUGGUGGAAGAGGGGAAGAAGGAGGAAGCUAUGGAGGAGAACCUCUCUAUGCUUACCAAAGGCACUACCAACCCAAACACAGUACAGGCAGGUUGGAACUUAUGAGAACUCAUCAUGAUGAUGCAUGUACUUUAACAUUUAUUGAGAAUUAGUUGCCUGAAGCGAUGUCAUAAAGUAAAAGAAUCUGGGCUGAAUCAUUUUGUGAAUAAAGUCUAAAGCCCGGUAUUGUUUUCAUCCUCACUCCCCAGUAAGUAUUGGGGAUUGGCUUGUUUUCAACUAGAUAUUCAUUGUGGUUUCUUCUCUUGAAAUUCAGGUUUUCAUCUUCAUUGACUAUA